UUUGUCAAGUUACUUACCUGUCCUGCGUUACUUCUUGAAGAAUGGGUUUCGGGGAGGACUCAAUGAGGGGCCUUGUAAGGGCAAUACUGGGUAUAAGUCCUGUGUUAGCAUCGAUCGUGACUGCCUUCCUGAAUAAGUCACUCAGUCAUCCUGGGUCGUCCUGGGCUUGUACAAUUAGAGAGAGCGGCGAGGUUAUCUCUGAGCUGGAGACAGGGAGACCUUCGCUCCUGGGUGCUUCUAUGGAUAAAGAGGAGGGCUAUCAGGGGACGAGGUAACUGUAAAGUCCUGAGUACUUCCUCUCCCCGCGUGUGCUGUGUGGAACUGUUAACUGAAGCAGCUGCGUGGAGGGGCCUCCACGGCCUUCUUAACCUUUUCCAGCUUUGACCCACGCGACACAACCCAUGUGAAGGGCAUUAGCGCCCUCUGGUGGAGACAGUCACGCCGCAGCAGUUCUGUGUUUGCUUUUCAGAUGGUCGAGUUUGACUUGUGUUCAGAAAUUCUGUAUUUCAGGAGAGAGGCACAACGAAUAGACACAUUGUUCUACAUUGCCAGUGUGGACGCGGCUCCCCGUCAUUUCAUAUGACAUAAAGUGGCUCGUAUGCCAGGGGUCACUGCCGUGUCUCGUAUUUCUGUCCUUCGUUCAAAAUGGUUGCUUCUACAUAGCUGUACGGCGGUGGUUUCCUCUAUUAUUCUUUGUAAGUAAAUACAGGGCGACAGCACUGAGAUGUCAGUGUCAAGACUGAGAAAGACAAGGCUAAAAAUAAAAUGGCAGAAAACACUGCAGGUCCUCUAAUGAGGAGUCAUAUCCAGAAUUUGUAAGAACAUUUUGAUUGAGUGCUAAAUUUGGGUCAACUUUCCUUUUAUUUUUGCUUUUUGGUAUUGUUAUGGUUCGAAUGUGAAAUGCUUCCCCGUGGGCUCCUGUGUUUGAACACUUGUUCCCCGUCUGGUGGUUACAGAACCCUCGGGAAACGGCACCUCCCUGAAGCAGUCCUGCUGCAGUCUGUGAUCUUGUGAUCUUAUAUAAAGGAGGAAUGAAAAGCAGAAGAAAGAGAAGAACAAGGGGCGAGCUCCAGGCAGGUGAGAACUGUGCUGGGACUUUCAGGGAAAAGAUCCGAUUCUCCUAGGUGGGCAAGUUGCUAUGGCCAGUGGACCGAACAUGAUGGCCCCCAUUUGUCUGGUGGAAAACCACAAUGAGCAGCUGUCGGUGAACCAGGAAGCAGUAGAGAUCCUAGACACAAUUUCUCAGCCAGCAGUAGUCGUGGCCAUUGUUGGAUCGUACCGUACAGGGAAGUCCUACUUGAUGAAUCGCCUGGCUGGCCGGAAUCACGGCUUCCCUCUGGGCUCCACUGUGCAGUCAGAAACCAAGGGCAUCUGGAUGUGGUGUGUGCCACAUCCCACCAAGCCAAAGCACACCCUGGUCCUCCUGGACACCGAGGGCCUGGGGGAUGUGGAAAAGGGUGACCCUAAGAAUGACUUGUGGAUCUUCGCCCUGGCCGUGCUUCUGAGCAGCACCUUCGUCUACAACAGCAUGAACACCAUCAACCACCAGGCCCUGGAGCAGCUGCAUUAUGUCACAGAACUCACCGAGCUGAUCAGGGCAAAGUCUUCCCCAAAUCCUGAUGGAAUAAAGAAUUCCACAGAGUUUGUGAGUUUCUUUCCAGACUUCAUCUGGACUGUUCGGGAUUUCAUGCUGCAGCUGAAGUUAAAUGGAGAAGACAUCACAGAGGACCAGUACCUGGAGAACGCACUGAAACUGAUCCCAGGCAACAAUCCCAGAGUCCAAGCAUCCAAUUUGCCCAGGGAGUGCAUCCGACAUUUCUUUCCUAAACGGAAAUGUUUUGUCUUUGACCGGCCAACGAAUGACAAAGAACUCUUACAAAAAAUUGAGACUAUCUCAGAAGACCAACUGGAGCCUAAGUUCCAGGAACAAACGAGGGCUUUUGUUUCUUACGUCUUCACCUAUGCAAAGAUCAAGACCCUCAGAGAGGGAAUUAAGGUCACUGGGAACCGACUGGGAACCCUGGUGACGACCUACGUGGAUGCCAUCAGCAGUGGAGCUGUGCCUUGUCUGGAUGAUGCGGUGACAACUCUGGCCCAGCGUGAGAACUCAGCAGCUGUGCAGAAGGCAGCUGACCACUACAGUGAGCAGAUGGCCCAGCGACUGAGGCUCCCCACAGACACGCUCCAGGAGCUGCUGGGUGUGCACACAGCCUGUGAGAAGGAAGCCAUUGCUGUCUUCAUGGAGCACUCCUUCAAGGACGAAAACCAGCAAUUCCAGAAGAAGCUGCUGGAAUUAAUAGUGCUCAAGAGGGCAGAUUUCCUAUUGAAGAAUGAAGAGGCAUCGGAGAAAUUCUGCCAGGAAGAACUGAGUCAUCUUGCGAAAGCACUCACAGAAAGUAUUUCAGCAGGGACAUUCUCCAUCGCCGGAGGACACAGGCUCUACAUGGACACCAGGGAGAAGAUUGAGAAGGACUAUUGGCAGGUGUCCAGGAAAGGGGUGAAGGCAAGUGAAGUCUUCCAGAGCUUUCUGCAGUCACAGGCCACCAUUGAAAGGUCCAUCCUGCAGGCAGAUACAGCCCUCACUGCUGGGGAGAAGGCUAUUGCAGAGGAGCGGGCCCAGAAGGAGGCAGCUGAGAAGGAACAGGAGCUGCUAAGACAGAAGCAGAAGGAGCAGCAGCAACUGAUGGAGGCUCAGGAGAGAAGUCACAAGGAAAACCUAGAGCAACUGAGAACGAAGCUGGUGCAGGAGAGAGAGCAGCUCAUCAAAGACCACAAGACGAUGCUGGAGAAGCAGCUGCAGAUUCUUCUAGCUUGGCAAGUGGCUAUGGCCAGACCAGAAAUGAUGGCUCCCAUUUGUCUGGUGGAAAACUUCAAGGAGCAGCUGUCUGUGAACCAGAAAGCCAUCAAGAUCUUGGACACGAUUUUGCAGCCAGUGGUAGUCGUGGCUAUUGUUGGAUUGUAUCAAACAGGGAAGUCCUACCUGAUGAACUGUCUGGCAGGACAGAAUCACGGUGAGAGGCAUGCUGGGUACCAGUCAAAGGUUUGACUGUC